GUGGAGCUCUUCUCCCAGGGAUCAUCGCUGCAGUGUGGGACGAUGAAGCGCUACACCGUCACCAGGCAGCUGGGCGACGGGACCUUUGGCAGCGUGCUCCUGGGCAAGAGCCACGACUCUGGGGAGUUGGUGGCCAUUAAGAGAAUGAAAAGAAAAUUCUAUUCUUGGGAUGAGUGUGUGAAUCUCAGAGAGGUUAAGUCGCUGCAGAAGCUGAGACAUUCCAACGUGGUCAAAUUAAAAGAAAUCAUUCAAGAAAAUGACUUUCUGUACUUUGUCUUUGAAUAUAUGAAAGAAAACCUUCUUCAGCUCAUUAAAGCCAGGAACAAGUUGUUUCCAGAGUCAGUUGUCAGGAACAUGACAUUUCAGAUCUUACAAGGGCUGUCUUUUAUUCACAAAAACGGCUAUUUCCACCGUGACCUUAAACCAGAGAACCUGCUGUGUACAGGAACAGAGAUGGUUAAAAUAGCAGAUUUUGGCCUUGCCCGGGAGCUCCGAUCCCUACAGCCGUACACAGAAUACGUCUCUACAAGAUGGUACCGCGCCCCGGAGGUCCUGCUGAGGUCCCCCUCCUACAGCUCCCCCAUCGACCUGUGGGCCGUGGGCUGCAUCGUGGCUGAGCUCUAUACCCUCAGGCCCCUGUUCCCCGGCACCAGCGAGGUGGACGAGGUCUUCAAGAUCUGCCAGGUGCUGGGGACGUGGAAGAAGUCGGACUGGCCAGAGGGCUUCAACCUGGCUACUUCAUUGAACUUUUGCUUACCAAAGUGCGUCUCCACUAGCCUUAGAUGUCUGGUGCCCAAUGCCUGCCAUGAAGGCAUCACUCUCAUGGAGAACAUGCUGCAAUGGGACCCUUGCAAAAGGCCAUCUGCUAGCCAGGCUCUGCGGCACCCCUACUUCCACGUGGGCCAGGAGCUGGGCCCUCCUUCCAGGUACCUGGAGAAGCACCAGGCCCAUGCUAAGGCCCGAAAGCCUCUGUCUCUCUGUGAGGACCAUCUCCAUCUACCAGCACUCUGUGAGAAGCAGACCCACCCGGCCCAGGACUGGUUAACCCUUCUGACCGGCAAGGACCACGGCUCUCCCACGGCUGCCCACUCCUCACCGCCGCAGCUUCAACCGCUAAGCCUGGGAACAACCAGCCAAUCAAGGCCACUCAGCGACUGCAACUUCCAGUGA